AUGAGCACAGCCAACCCCAUAUCCUCCAUCGCGGAGGAAUCAUCCGAAGCACCAACCCAACAGGACGGUGGGGAUGGGAAUGUGACUCCUAAGUGGAAGGGCAAGGGGAAGGCCGUCAUACUGGAGAGCAAGGAUGCAUCUGCACCGGCACCGGCAUUGGCAUUGGCAUCGUCCAUCUUGGCUAGUGAUGAUGAGUCGUACAUCAUUACGAAGAUCAUACAGGAGUCUAUUGACAAGGUCAAAGCACGGAUAGCUGAGGAAGCGGAAGCUCUCGAGGCGGAGGCCGGAGCCGAGAAGCGGAGACAAGACGAAGAGGUCCGGAAGGGCAUUGCGGAGGGAAAGCAAGGCGAAAGAUCGGAUCGCCUCGUAGAGGAGAAGAUUACGGAAGAGAGUAUAGAUCACAUCCCACCAAGCCCGAACGAUGAUCCUUACGGCUAUGCCAUGUCCAAGAGCAUUCUAAGGACAGACCCCCUCGGACUCCUCACGGCAGAACCAUCCGGCAGGUCGAAGAAACGCUCAUUGAUGACUCUCUUCCGCCGUCUCAACGUGAGCGGGGUGAAGGCAGAGUCCAGCGCGGCCGGAUCAACUCGCCACAAGUUCCACGUCUUCUCGACCAGCCUCGACGGAACCGCCUAUGGCGCUCGAAAGCGACUCGUCGUCACGAAGAAGAGCACAGCGGAUAACAACAGCAGUCUCCCGUUCUCAGUCCACGAGCUGGAAGUCGAAUGCGUCUCCUGCCUCGACGACUUUCACCCCAGCACCAUGGUCCAAGCCCCAUGCCACAGCUACUGCAGCCCCUGCUUCCGGCGGCUCGUCGCCUCAGUAUGCCAUAACGAACAGCACUGGCCGCCCAAGUGCUGUCUCAACACCCUGCCUGCAUCCCUAAUCCUGCCACACCUCGACAACGCCCUCAAGACGACAUACCGUGCCCGCGAGGUCGAGUGGGACACCCCAGUCGACAAGCGCGUCUACUGCAGCCGGCCGGACUGCAGCCUCUUCGUGCCGCCGGGAGGCCCUCCGUCACAUAAGGCCCGAGGUGUCGCGCGCUGUUCCGAUGGCCACUGGACGUGCGUGCGGUGCCGCGCCCCGCAGCACGACGGCGACGCAUGCCCGCUCGACCGCGACUUGCAGCGCACGAGCGCGCUCGCCGAGGAGGAGGGCUGGAAGCAGUGCUACGGGUGCGGAGCCCUGGUAGAGCACCGCGACGCCUGCCAGCACAUGACUUGCCGGUGCGGCACACAGUUCUGCUACGUCUGCGGUGCGCGCUGGCGCACUUGCGCCUGUACCAUGGAGCAACUGGCCGCGCUGAAGACGGAUGUCGCGGGCAGGAGGCGGGCGCGCAUGGAGCGCGAAGAGCGUGAGGAGGCCGAGAUUAGGGAGGCGCUGCGGCUCGUGGCGGAGUUUGAGCGCGAGGAGGAGCUCAAAGCAGAGUUAUUGCGCCAGGUGCAGGGGCGCGUUGAGGAGGAAAGGCGGCGAAGGGAGCUGGAGGAGCGGAUACGGAGGGAGGGCGAGAGGAGGCGGGAAGCGGAGGCAAGGUGGAAGGAGGUGAGGGGAGUGCUGGAGGGAGUGCAUGAGCGACAGCGGAUUCUUGUGCGGGAGAACCACGAGAGGGAGGAGAUGGACCUUUUGAGUAGGAAUACGACGGCUCUGGAGGCGCUGCGCGAGAAAAAGACACGGGACCGUGAGGCCCUUCUUGCGACGAGUGAAUCAAAAGUCAACAAGCGCGAGACGGCGCUCCGCAACGAAUAUGCUGCCCGAGUCGCCGAGGAGCGCCGCAUCGAGGAGCACUACCACACGCAACUGAAGACGUAUUGGACAGGCAAGAUCGACGGCGAGGCGAAGGCGGAGGCAGGGCUGCGCAAGCUGAGGAGGCGGAUGGAUAGGGGUUUCCAGGAGUGGAAGAAGUGGUCGGACCAUGAGCUUAGCAACUACCGGUAUAGACGGGAAGAGGAACGCGCAAUCCAGGAGGAGCUGAUGCAGGAGGCGGAGCGCCAGCUCGAAGACAGCGCACAGGGAGAGAAAGAUGAGUUCAUAAAGCGCAGAGCUGCGGAGCUGAGGUGGACUGCGCUGGACGAUGUGACGAUCCCGGAUGUUGUAUUGGACGUUUUGGACACGCAGCAGGAGUAUCGUGUUCCGGGAGCAUUUGCAUAG